CCAACAUCACAAAACAUAUCUCUCCAUUAGAAAAUGGCUUUGAAACUUGCAAAAAGUUUCUCCAUAUGGUUGACACUUAUCUUGUGUGCAUGUGCAUGCACAUCGAACACUGCGUCUCGUACCUACGACAUUCCAUCCGCGACUAAAAAGUUCGAGGAGUGGAUGAGUCGGCACGGGCGCGACUACAAAGAUGUCAGCGAGAAGGCGAAGCGUCUGAAGAUUUUCUUGGAAAACCUGCAGUUCAUCGAGGAGUUCAAUGGUGCAGCGAACCGUACUUACAAGGUCGGAUUGAACAAGUUCUCGGACUUAACCAACGAGGAAUUUGUGGCGGCAUAUACUGGAUACAAAUUGCCAUCAUCAACACCCAGGAACUCCUCCCAAGUCAAUUCUUUCAAGUACCAAGGUUCGAAUAGCAUCCCAGAGAGCAUCGAUUGGGUCCAAAAAGGUGCUGUCAACCCUAUCAAAUACCAACGUCAAUGUGGAUCUUGCUGGUCGUUCUCCGUGGUGGCGGCAGUAGAAGCAAUCACACAGAUCACCACUGGCGUGCUACCGAGCCUGUCCGAGCAGCAACUCAUAGACUGCACCACUGAUGGGAACCACGGCUGUGAAGGCGGCUCAAUGGACAAUGGCUUCGAGUACAUCAUCAACAAUAACGGCAUCAGCUCCGAGACGAACUACCCAUACGUUGGGGUCGACGGCACCUGCAAUGUGCAGGCCUCCUCUGUCGCCGAGGCCAAAAUAUCAGACCACAAGGACGUCCCCUCAAACGAGGAUGACAUGCUGAAGGCCGUGGCGAUGCAGCCGGUGUCGGCGGCAAUCGAUGCAAACGGAGACGUGUUCAAGCACUAUGUAGGUGGGGUCUUUAUUGGCCCGUGUGAAGCCAAUCUGAACCACGCAGUGACGGUCGUCGGGUACGGGACGGACACGGAUGGGACCAAGUACUGGUUGAUAAGAAAUUCUUGGGACAUCUCGUGGGGCGAGAGUGGGUACAUGAGACUUCAGAGAGAUUCUGGGGUUGAAGGUGGGCUUUGUGGAAUUGCCUCGAAAGUUUCUUAUCCCGUUGCAUAAGUAUUUAUCUAAGAGAUCAUGGCUCCGAGCUCGUGUGUUAGUAGGCUCGAAUCGUUCGAUAUGAAUUGAGUUCAGUCUAAGUGGAAAUAUUUUGGGUUAAUUACUACAGUUAAUCUCGUGUAUUUACUGUUUUAAUUUCAGCUAGACUCCUGCGACCUUUGCUGGGUUUCUUAUAAUGAAGUUUCUUGUGUGUGUUUAUGAUAAUGAGAAUAAAGAGGAUUUGAAGACGGUCCUUGAAUUUUUUA